AUGGAACUGGUAGACGUAAUCAAAAUUUCGGAAAUGCAAUUUUAUCCUAGUGUAAAAACCGCACUCGCUAUUUUGCUUGCCCAGCCAUGUACGACCUGUACAAUAGAACGAUCGUUUAGCACAUUACGGCGGGCAUCAAAACGUGGCUUCGCUCAACCAUGA